AUGGCCUCACAAGAAUCGUCGGCUGAUCUUGAGCAGGCUGUCUUAGUGAAUUCAGUAUGUGCAAAUUGUGGGAGUUCAGCAAAAUAUUUAUGCGAGGCAUGUGGACAAACAGGUCCUCGUUAUUGUUCCCCGAAAUGCCAGACUAGUCAUUGGGAAAAGGGUCACUCUUCUGUAUGUGCGAGUGCACUUUCAGAGACGGAAUCUGAGGAACAUGGCAAUGUAAGAAAUUCAAGAAUCCUUAGAAGAUCGAGUAGUAAAGUUUACAGUAGAGGAAACGUUGCUCAACUUAUCAACCUUAAAAAUCGACGUUCGAACCCAGAUGCACUUACGUCUUCCACAUCUGUAAGACUGCCUGAUUCCAACGAUCAAUCUCCGGUAAUUGAUGCUGAGCAAACCGAUGAAUUCAGAUUCUAUAUGCAACAAGUCUACAAAAUUAUUAAACCCGUAGUCCUAUGUAUUGUACUAUCUAUCCUCUGGGUAAAAUUAUCAAAAGCACCAUCCUAUCUUGAGAUUGGAAGUAGUAACCAAGUGCCUAACAAUUCAAGUGAUAAUUUAUCGUCACUCUCCUCCUCUAUUUAUGUUGCAGCAAUCCUUAUUGGACAAAUUAUUGUGGCCACAGUUGUCAUCGUAUUUCUAUUUAAAUACGGAUUUACAAAAGCAUUUUCUCUUACUGGUCUAUCACCAUACACUACGUGGAUUUUGUUAGGCCUGUUGGCUAUUUGGGAUCUGAUUGCUGUACUAUGUCCAUUUGGACCUUUACGUAUUCUUGUCGAAUCAUCAAAGAAGAAUCAACGUGAAAUUCCGGCAUUAUUAUAUUCUGUUAAUGCUAUUUGGCUGAUGGCCGCACCUAAAAUUUCAACUCAAAUUCCGCCUAGCAGAUUAUCUGCACACACUGAUUCUUCUCCAUCAUCAUUUAUUUCAUCGGUAAAUUCUACAUCCUCCGCAAAGAUAUCUCCUACUUUUAUUCCACCUGGUGAAGAUAUACCUUUAUCAGAAAAUGUAGGCCAUAAUUCUUAUAGUAGAGAUGCUGACGCUGAAACUCACAAUAACAUUGGGGCUAAUAAUUCAUCUGAUUCGCUCCAAACUAACGUGAAUCCCCCUGAAAAUAGUAUGUCACCCGACGAAGAAGAAGAUGAAAGAAAUGGGUUGAAAUUGGGAUUGGGAGACUUUGUAUUUUACAGUGUUCUAGUAGCACAAGCCG